AUGUCUGAUGAAGUGACCUAUGCAACGCUAAUGCUUCAGGAUUCGGCAAGAGUGAGAAGCAAUCAGGAUGGCAAUAACCUAAGAAAAGAAGGACACCCAGCUCAAACCCCGAUUUGGCGAGGAGCUGCUUUGAGCCUGAUGACCAUCUGCCUGGUGCUGGUAAUGGGACUAGUGACCUUGGGGACUAUGUUUUUACAGAUGUCUAAUGAUAUUAAUUCAGAUUCAGAGAAGUUGAGUCAACUUCAGAAAAUCAUCCAUCCACAGCAAGACAACCUGUCUGAACCACUGAACAGCUCCAGGAAGGGUCUCACAGAGGAAUCUCUCCAGUCCCAGAUCUCAGCCCUCCUGGAGAGGCAGAGGCAGAUGGCUAUCAAGCUCUGCAAGGAAUUCCUCAUCCACACUUCCGACCAUAAAUGCAAUCCUUGUCCCAAGACAUGGCAGUGGCAUGGAAACAGUUGCUAUCAUUUCACAAUCAAUGAAGAGAAAUCCUGGAGUGACAGCAGAAAGGACUGUAUAAAGAAAAAUGCCACUCUGGUGAAGAUUGACAGCAUCAAAGAAAGGGAUUUCCUUGAAUCACAGCCAUCACUCACAUUUUCUUUCUUUUGGCUGGGAUUGUCCUGGAACUCUGCUGGCAGAAACUGGCUGUGGGAGGAUGGCUCAUUUCCCUGUCCAACCCUAUUUAGUGAUAAGGAACAUGCCAAGUUCAAUGGAUCCAAAGGGUGUGCUUACUUUGAAAGAGGGAAUAUUUACAUUUCUCGCUGUAGUGCUGAAAUUUCUUGGAUUUGUGAGAAGACAGCUUCCCUGGAGAAGAUCGAAGAUUUGGUCUGACUCUUCUAACUUUAUCCAGAAAUAAGGGCCUAUUUCACACUCAUGCAAGAAAGGAGGAAGCUAUGCUAUUUGUGCCAAAAACCAACUAAAAAGUGACUGUGUACUUAAACUAUUCCACAGACAACCCUGAUUCACAGAACAUUCCCUGCUUUUGUGAUGUUCUGAUUACUUGGGUCUUAAAAUGAUCCUGAGAAAACAUGCCAUCUCAGUUUGUUGCUCAAUAAACAUUGUUUUACAUAGACUGGGUGAUAUUUAAAUAUUAACCACUAGACCAACAUAGGCCACUGUUUUGGAUGGAAACAUGUUUUUGUGUCAAUUCCAGGUGUGACUGAUUCAGUUUGUCCACAGCAGCAGGCUUUUUGCCUCAUGAGGGCUCUGAGAGGGCUCCUUGCCAGCUGGCAUUUGUUGAAUUCUGAAGACUUUGAGGUUUAUAAUUAU